AUGCCUUUAUCACAGCGUAAGCUAACCAUCAUCUUUGGUAUUUUAGCUACGGUGACAGUCGCCGUAGUCAUACUUUUGAUUCCAGUCUAUAUGAGGAGUAGACGUAACAACAUACCAAGUGAAACUACAUUAUCAGCAACUACAAGUACAAGUACAAGUACUGCUGAGGCAACUACAAGUACAAGUACAAGUAUUGCUGAGGCAGCUACAAGUACAAGUACAAGUACAAGUACAAGUACUGCUGAGGCAACUACAAGUACAAGUACAAGUAUUGCUGAGGCAGCUACAAGUACAAGUACUGCUGAGGCAACUACUGAUCCUAAUUUGACUAUGUUCAACAAGAUUACCACAGCGAAUGGAAUUUCCUCACUAGCGAAUCUGUUGACGACGAAACUAGUCACUAGGAAAAGUACAUCAGCUCCUGUAGGUACAACUAAUCCAUUAAACACAAGAUUGGCCUCAUCCAUAGAUCCAACAACUGCCGCUUCAGAAGCGUUAACAACCGAUGAAACGACACCUACUAUCGAAGAAAUAUAUUCUAACAAUACCGUACCAAUCGACCAGGCUAGUGUCGUGACUGAUUCAAAUGAGGAUUUACGUGAGACAACGGCAGCAAUUGAUAGAGAAGCCAGUGAAAUGAGCACACGCUUUUAUACUUCGGAAAUACCAUCGAACGAAUCAUCGAUGAUGAUCGAUACAACUGCCCAUCAUUUGAAUUUAACUAAUAUAUCGGAAGCCGUCUCAUUUGGAACGAUAACUAUGACCAGCAUAACGAAAGUUCACGAAACUUCGACUGACACUUCGAAUACAUCUGCACAAAUACUGCGUACAAUACCAACCAACACAACAUUAAACGUCGAAACUUCAAUUCCGGUUACCUCUGAUGCAAAAAAAACAAUCAUCACUACAUCUCAGCGAAUGUCAUUAGCAAACAAGAGCAUGAAUUCAACUGAAAUUUUUUCUUUGAAACAGAGAACUUCAAUACUAACAACAGCAAUUUUGGCUGCACAAUGGAGCACCAUAUUAACCUCUACAACGGAAACACGUCUAUCUACAGCAAACAUCAAUUCAACUUCGUUCUAA